AAUCAAUCCCUACCCUGCUAUCUAAAAUAAGUUAACAUGUAAAAACAAGCACAGCCAUUGAUUAGUACUCUUAACGGCGUGCCGCUGUCCCGCGAACAGUCGAAUUGGCGAAGCUUCCGCCCCCGUCCUGGGAGAUGACUAGACCCGGACGAGGCAGCGGAGGGUGGCAAUGCACGACAAGGAAGAGAGCCGGUUUGGGUCUCCAAUAGGGAGUGGCAGUGUCGAUUACUUUGUCGAAGUCACUUGCAGCGAAUGGCGCCGGAAUCUUCUCGCCGGGUCCUUCACGGAGGCUGCAUCGCUUAACGUAUUAAUUUUUCUUUCGCCCUUCCAAUUCAUUAGCCCUGGAUCAUCCCCGUCGUUGGACACAGCCUUCAGUUUUGUGCUUGCAUCCAGCAAGUUGCAAUUCUGCGCUUUUUAGGGAAAAAGCAGUGGCUAUAAUCCACGUGUCAUUUCAUCUGCCACCCGAUUAAAGCAAUGGGUAGAUUUGAGUGACGAGGAGAGGUUUGCAGUGGAGAAACAAUUUCGAGGAACAGUGCCAGAGUUGGGGAAGGCAAUUUCGAGCUGAUUCCCUAGGGUUUUGGACACAGAUAAUCAAUAUUAUUUCUCUCAUUCAGUGAAAUUCAAACUUGGCAGUGAACAUGAAUGCUAGAGAUUCUCAGAAGGAUCCGAAUGCUCUAGAGAAUCGACCCGGGAUCCUUGUGAUUGGAUCUUCCAAUGUUGGCAAACGCACGCUCUUAUCCCGAUUGCUCUCUAUUGUUGAAGAUGCUUCCGAUUCUUCCUCUGAUGUAUCUGUCCAUGGGUGGACCAUCAAUACCAAGUACUACACCGCUGAUGUCUCUGUAUGGAUGACUCAUCUCAGUGAUGACUUUUCUGUUUGGAACCUGCCCAUAUUUCACAAUUGACUGCUUUGGUGAUGGUUUUUUGACAUGAGUGAUUUAUCUUCUCUAGCUGCACUCCAAGAUUGGGUGUCACGCUCUGAUACAAAUUUUGAGAUAUUAUUAUGUAUUGGAAACAAAGUGGACCUGGUUCCUGAUCAUCCAGUUCAUGCUGAAUACAGAAGACGAUUUGCAGAAAAACCAGAAAAAACUGUUAUUGAUCCAUGUGCUGAGUUCACUGAGUAUGGUAUAGCUGAGUGUGAAGGAACUAGUUUGUUGGGGAAUGAAGAUCCAACAUGGGAUUCCAGAAGAUCUUGUUUGGUGUUUACUGAACGUAACAUUGAAUUCAUUGAGGCGUGUGCUUCCAAUGCUGAUUUUGACAAAUGCUUGUCUGUUGAUGGUGAUUCACAAGGAGUUGAACGGCUAUUUGGUGCUCUUUCUGCUCAUAUGUGGCCUGGGAUGAUUUUAAAAUCUGGUGGUGAUAGAAUAAAUGAACCAUCUUUACCUGAGAAAGAGUCGUCUUCAGAAGAAUCUGAUUAUGAAUUGGAGUAUGAAGUCUUAUCAGCUGGUUCAGCUGAUCCUUGGGAUGACCCAGAACAAAGAUGGGUUUCUGCUGCUCCCUUAGAUGCUGGAAAAUCAGCUUCGCAGAACAACCCUGUCACAGACUGUGAACUUAAAGACAAAACUAGUUCUGAUAAAAAUUUGCAGGCCUCGACCUCAAGCACUGUAUUGCAGGAUGAGAGUCACAAGGAAGUUGAGGAUUCUGAAGGAGAAGGGGAAUCAGGUAAAGAUUUUGACUUAGAGGAUUUGGAACAGUUAAUGUCAGAGAUAGGCAAUAUGCGUGCUGGCUUAAGAUUGAUGCCUGAUUUCCAGAGAAGGGAAAUGGCUGCAAAGUUGGCCUUGAAAAUGGCUUCCAUGUUUGGGGAGGUAGUGACGAUGAAGAUGAACUUUAGAAAACAUAAAUGUCUCUGGUUACGAGAAUCAAAUAGAAAUGUUUUAUGAAUGCCAAUUGUUAGGACUCUCAUGCAAGAGUGUCUCAUACAAAGAUCAGAGGUUUUCUCAUGCUAUUGCUCUGUGCUCUUUGCAGCUCGUGGUUGUGUUUUUGCGAAGCAGAACAUUUUGUUCAAAAAUUGAAUGUCUAGUCAUGUUCAUGGUGCCUAUCAACGUUUUCAUAUUGCGACGUGCUUAUAGAUGCUAAGUUAUUAUAAGAAGCCCCAGCAUUGCAUCGAGUGUUUAAAAA